AUGAUGGAUUCCGAGCCGCACUUGCCAAGCGGCAUACCAGGUGCUGUUGUGUUGUCUGCACCUUCGAUCUCCGUCCUCAAACAGACUGCCAACGAUGUCUAUCUUCGACUCAACUCCGACGCGUCCUACACGAACCAGUUCAUCGUCGUCAAGCACAUUACCCAGUCGCUACAAGCGUUCCUCUCCGAAGACGAUAAUCCUAUUGGUCGUUAUACCAGGUUGACACUCGACAAACAGCAUCAGCAAGCAGUCAUUCGAGUCAUACCUUCAUCGGAUCACGAACGUGUCACAGAACGCUUCCUCUUCUGUCUUGGUCGCAAACUCGUGGACAUGGGAGUUGAUAGAAACCUGUUCUACAUUGAGGGGCAAACGCGAUACCCUGGAAAAUCAUGCGAAAAGGAACCUGACCAAGGCUUUACGCCCUUAGCGAGUCCGCGUGAUCUUCCUGAGUGGCCCUCACUGGUUGUUGAAACUGGUCUCUCGGAAUCAGAGGCCCUGUUGCGGAAUGACGCGCAUUGGUGGUUCUCAAAUUCUGAUUACAAAGUGAAUAUGGUGCUUCUUAUUUACAUUAAGAAGCAACCCAAGCCCCAUGUCACCUGGCAGCUCUUUCACCUCAAAUCCACGACUACCAAAAUCACGCGCGGGCUACAAGCCGAGGUCGCUCGCGCGCUGUCGUCGGAUACCACUCCCGCUCAAACGGCCUCGCCGUCAAAGCUACAACCUCACUUGGCAGCUGAAAUGAUCACUGUCACUGCGACUGAUGUCGACAAUACCCCAUUGAUACUUCCAUUUGAGAAACUCAUGCGCCGCUCGCCCGACCCAAACACGAAGGAAGGGGACCUUAUCUUUACCCCUGAGGACUUCCAUUAUUUCUGCCGCUCCGUUUUCUCGGCUUAA